AUUAAGUACGGCUAGCCUCUUCCAAAUGAAAUAGCCUUCUCCCCUACCCAAAGACGUUUCCUUUUAGUAAAUAUAGAGAUAUUUGUUGUAAUAAGUAACUUCACACAGAUGGUACCUAUGGUACCUUACAUUUACAUGAUGAAAACAUCAUGAAACAAAUUUAGAGGGGGUAUUUUCGUAAAUGAAUCAGCCUUCUAAAAAUAGAUAGUUUACGUGCAUUCUAUUUUGAGAUUAUUUUCCAGUAUAAAACAACGGGUCUCUCUCGAUUGUUGCAUCACUUUGAAACAUCUCAAAACAGCCGACUCGAACAAAUCUAUAUGUGAUUAUCCUUCUUUGAGGAGAAGUUUUUCAAUUCUUCUUUGAGCAAAAGGUACCUUAAACUUCAAGUUUUAGACAAAUGAAGAUGACAAAUCGAACGCGAACGCGAUCCACAGGCCGACGACAACGAGCGCCCCGAGUUUCGGGGAAAUCCGAUAAUAGUAGUUCCGGUGACUCAACUAGUUCAAGCGCCCCUUGUAAAAAGCCUCUCAAUCAAGAGUGGGGAUACCGUUGUCAGCAAAUCCACGCUGACAAGAACUUUUUCUUCAUCUCCCCGAGAUCUUUGCACGCUAUAUGUGGGAGAGAACUUUGCUUUACAAAUGCGCCAGUGGUAUAAACUGACGACUCUCGUUCAUAACACAAACGCAGCGGGGAUUGUGGUCACCAACUUCUUGCCAGUUAGGACAAUGAAGGCUAUGCAGCUGACACCAGGAGGUAACCGAAUCCUCACUGUGCCCAACGCAGGAGGGAGCUCAGAGGUUUCGGAGGUGCUGUCUUUCGAAUUGUUGAGCCGAUGCUUCAACGCCAAGCUGACCAGG